AUGGGUCCUCCGCCUGACCCAGCGUACUGCGCGGAAAGCAAUGCGCACGAAAUUCUCGGUACCACAGGAGGGCUGAUGACUCUUGCUGUCAUCAUCAUGGGCAUGCGCUUUGUAGUGAGAGCGGCGAUGCUGAAGUCGCUAGGCCCGGAUGACUAUGUCAUGCUGGCGGCCACGCUCAUGGCCGUUGCAACAUUCGCGUGCUUUGUCGGCGAGACUCAUCACGGCGUCGGCAAACACAUCCAGUGUAUCACGCAAGUCGACUACGCUGCAUUCGCAAAAUGGCAGUGGUCCCAUUCACUGGUCGUGAUGUGGGGUGUCAUCUUGGUCAAGAUAUCGAUCGCACUAUUCUUGAUGCGCAUGGUGCCGCCGGGAAAGAGGUGGAAGAGCUUUCUGUGGGCGGUCAUUGCUUUCCUGGUUGCCUUCAUGCUUGCGUGCUCCGGAACCUUGAUCUGGCAAUGCGUUCCGAUUGAUGCUGCGUGGAAUUUAAGUAAGAAGGCAACCGCGAAAUGCUUCUCCAACAACACAUUCUCUGCCAUCGGUCUGACGAACAGCUCCAUCAACUGUACAACCGACUUCCUCCUCGCAGCGCUGCCAAUACCGAUCAUCGUGAGACUGCAGGUCAACAGAAGGACGAAAGUCACCCUGGUGCUCAUCCUCAGCUUGGGUUAUCUUGCUUGCGCCGCUGGCAUCGUCAAAGCAGUGAAACAAGCAAGAUUCUUCGACGAAGCCGACCCU